AUGCUGUCACUGCGACGCAUAUGCACGUGGAACCAGUGGAAAAUUCCUUCCCAGGCCAAUGGAUCAGGAUUGACCUUUCACCGGCCAACAACGUGCUCCGCCUAUGCUCAUCUGUCUAAAGGACGAGUCAGACAAUAUUCAACAGCGCCAAACACUCCUUGCGAAGUUCCACCAAGUAAGCUGAAGACCAAAUCCCAUCACUUGGGAUGGGAGAAGAUUCAAGCGCAAGUCGAGCCAUAUUUCAGCACCAAUUGGAACUUCGCUAGCGAAAAGAAAAAACAGGGGUUGCUGGCCAUUGGGCUAUCCCGUGCUUUCACUAAUGCCUUCCCAUUGACACUUGAUAACCGCAUUGGGGUAACAUGCAAAAUGCUCUAUCUUUCUUUGCUUAUUGAUGACCAACUGGAGAAAAUGAGUUUUCCACAAAUGCUAUCAUACCGACAUCGGACUAUGGAGGUUGUUCUAGGGACAUCCAAACCAGACAUAAGUAUCAGUCGUGAAUGGAUGCUCUAUGAUACUUUGGAGAUCAUGCGUGGCAUGAACAAGACUUUGGCAAUCGACGCUGCCCGAGGAUUUUGUCAGUUGUUGAAGGCCAUGACGUCUCAAGAGCGAGCCUCUAUAUCAGAUCUCGAAGCAUAUCUUGAGUUCAGAGAGGUGGAUGUUGGACGAACAUUCUUCACAGCUCUUAUGAGAUUUGGCGCCAACAUUCAUCUCACAAAAGCCCAGUUGGCACAAACAAAGACGUUGGAAAGCACCGCAUUCCAGCAUUUCAGUAUUAUCAAUGAUAUUUACAGUUGGGAGCGAGAAUGGAAAUUGGCACAGGCGACUUCGGCCGAUGGUGCCCGGCCAUUUUCGGCUGUGUUUAUUCUUGCAAAGGAGACUAAUCAGCCAUUCUCGGUUUGCAAGGAAUCGCUAUACGAAUAUUGCCGGGAUUUGGAGCUAGGCUUCAAACAGGCUAUAGAUGGGCUCCGACACGACGGUUCUCCUGGGCUGACACCCGAAAUGGACAAAUAUGUUCAAAGCCUGGAAUACUUUAUGAGUGGAAUGGAGACAUGGACUCAGUGGACUCCUCGCUACCAAAAGUAA